CUAUCGAUAGACGCCUUGCGUUGCAACUUCCAUCUGCAGAUGUGCAACAAUCAUUGUGCAGCAAAUGGGCAAAAAUAUAAGUUUGCAAAAAAUGAGCGCAGCAAAAGAGAAAGAUGAAAGCUUAGUUCCCACGGUCAGAGAAGUGCAGCAAAAGUUUGCCGACCUCUUGGGCCAUAACAAUGAAAUAACCUGGGAUCUAUUAUCGGCGAGUCAACAACAUGUGCUGGAGGCAAAGUUAUCGCAGCUGCAUUGCAAUCCUAGGAUGUUGCAUUGGAUUUGGAGUAAUAGAAUAUACUCAAACGGGCAGUGCCUCUCGUCUUUAUUUUUUGUAAUGCUCGUGGAUAAUGUAUAUGAUCUCAAAAUGGCCGAGCAAAGCAGAUCCUGGCGACUAUAUCCGGUAUUUCGCUGUCGCCGAUGUGUGGAUGAAACUGGCAAGGCUAGUAACAUUAAGUGUUGCAUGUCAUAUGUGACACAGUACACAACAUCUAGCUCCUGGAAACUAUUUCUAGCCCACAACGGGUUUGGCUCAGGUCUAUUAGUCACUCCGGAUCUUGGAGUUUACAAGCAAGUCGACGGUCAGGUGGAGCUAAAAUCGUAUUCCACCACUGAGAUAUUGUUUCCGGAAAAAGUAGAUCUGCCAAUAACGCCAGAAUCAUUGAAAAAAGCCUCCAAUAUGACUAUUAAACAUACAAAACACCAGAUACAAUCCGAAAAUCCAUUCUUCGCUAUCCCUAUACCGGUCUAUGAGUUUUGCGACUGUGAAAAGAUGCUUAAUGUGAUUUUGAUGCCUGGUAGUACUCAGAAGUCUUGUGAUGUGGCUGAUCUAUCCGAUUCCUUAGUAAUAUUUACGAAUAAUAUUAACAAUUCACGCCUCGGAGCGUUGAUGAAGAGUAAUAAUAAUGAUCCUAGCAUCCUUGUUAAUCAGCAAAGAGAGAUGUGGGAUAAGAUUGCUGGGGAAUCAAUCCGCAUUGAGGACAAUGUGCAUCUUAUUCGUAGUGGCAAUGGAGUGCCGACAAAAGCCAAGCUGGAUAAAAUAUUGCAACACGUUGAUAGCAAGAGAAAACAAAGAAAGAAACGUAUGGAGCCUAAGAAUCCAGAAAAUACACCGAUUGCUCUUCUAGAAAUUUUAUCUAUUAGAGUCAAAGGAGAAGAUAUAAACCUAAGAGAAUUCGGCACUGUUCUUAAAGAACAUAUUGCAAGCUCAGAAAUCUUCGACAUUUUAAUAAGUAGCAUGUCAGAGCAUUUGGAAGUCGACACUUUUAAGCUUAUCAUGCAGCUAACGCAAACAUUCGUGGAAAAUGUGAGGGAGGAAAUGUGCCAAAUACUGAAAUAUUAUUUUUCCACGGAAUCCAUUUUAUAUCAGAUAAUAUUGUGCAUAAGUAAACAUCAUCCGAACUGGAACUUUAAUGAAAUUGAAGAGCAAUCUUCGAAUAUUUUAAGGCGCGUUCGAAUGUUUUUUGCUUCAACAGGACCGAAUUCUCGUACAGAGUUUUUAAAGAAAUGUGAAAAUUGUGUUGGGUAUUAUGACAAAUGCAGAAUUACUUAAAACAUUUCUUUUAAAAAUAUUUUUAAUUUUUUUUUAUCUAUUUUUAUAUUACAUAUGUGAAUAACACGGCCUUAUUAUCAUUUAAUGUUACUAAAAAUUCCACCAGAGUAUUUUUGUAUCUCUUCAAAAAA